CAAGCUUCCUUCUCACUGCUGCCACUGCCACCGCCGCUUGCUGCGGACCCAGGGGCAAAGGAUGGGGAGAUGAGCGCAGGAGGCAGCAGCAGCUCUGCUCUGAGGCUUGUCAAGGCUCAGCGCACGCACACACACACACACGCAACCCAGCGCGAAAACAUUUGCUCUCACCUGUCUCUAAACCCAAAGCAAACCUCACGUCCAAGCAAACUGCCAACACUUCGAACGCGAAGGCACCCAAGCCAGAAUCUAAUGUAAGGGGAAGAAAUCCAAUGUACGCUAGGAACUUUUCACUAGAAAGCAAGUGGGCGUAAGGAAGAAAAGGAGCAUUUUAAGAAAAGAACACCUUAAGGAAGAAGAUUUUAUUUUCUGGAUUCCGUACCAAACUUUGAAAAAGUUUUUUUUUGUUGUUUUAUUAUUUUGUGCAUCUUUUUCUAAGAACAUUGAGUUGCUACCUACAUGUAAAACCUUUUACAUAUAUAUAUUUUUUAGAAGGAAGAAAAUCAAGAGGCAAAAUAGCAUGUGGACCACCUAGCAGAAGGCAAUACCGAAGCAUCCCUUGCAGCGAGGGGGACGCAGGCUCUGGAUGCGUAUCAUUUCGAGGGACUGCAUUUUUUGUCCACCAGGCUUAUGAGAUAGCACAGAGGCAGGCGAGUCGCCGAGACUCCUGUCUCCCCUCACCGCCACCACCGCCAGCUCCACUUCCAAGGGCUCCCGCAACUCUCCCACCAGCAGCCGGCUCGGAGGGGAGAUGGGAACGCGCGGCGCCCUCGAUGCCUGAGGCCGGGCGGCCGCGGGGCUGCGUGCGGGGCUGUCUGCGGGAAGCGCUCCUCCGGGGCUCGCCGUCCAUGUGCCCGCAGCCGGCGGGGCCUGAAGUCGGGAUGAAUUUCGGCGUGGUCUUGGCGUUCAUCCUCUCCCUGCCUCUGGCCCGCCUGGAGGGGGACCCCAUACCUGAAGACAUUUAUGAGAUUUUGGGUGGCAGCUCAGUGCGAUCCAUCAGCGACCUCCAGCGUGCCCUGCGGAUAGACUCCGUAGAGGAGGAUAGCUUGAGCCUGAACCUGAAUGCAACUCAGUCCGGUCAAAACCCUGUAGCCCUGUCUCGAAAGCGACGAAGCCUAGAUGCUCUGGCAGCAGCAGAGCCAGCUGUCCUCGCUGAGUGCAAGACACGGGCAGUGGUCUUUGAAAUCUCCCGCAACAUGGUGGACAGCACCAACGCCAACUUUGUGGUUUGGCCACCCUGCGUGGAGGUGCAGCGCUGCUCUGGGUGUUGCAACAACCGCAAUGUGCAGUGUCGCCCCACGCAGAUUCGUGUCCGGCAUGUCCAGGUGAACAAGAUCGAAUUUGUCCAGAGGAAGCCAAAAUUCAAAAAAGUCAUUGUGCCUUUGGAGGACCAUGUGCAGUGUCGGUGUGAAGCAGUGUCCCGUCAGCCCCCCAGGAACAGCCGGCCAGGGCCACGUGAACAGAGACGCUUGUCACCGUCAUUCACCACAGCCGCUGUCUCACAGAGGCAGCGAGUACGCCGGCCGCCAGUGCAGAAGAGGAAACAUAAGAAGUACAAGCAUGUCAACGAUAAGAAAGUGCUGAAAGAAAUCCUCAUAGCAUAGAAGUGCUGGCAGGGGAGAGAGAGCACAAAGCAGGUUUAUUUAAUAUAUUUGCUGUAUUGCCCCCAUGGGGUCCUUGGAGUGAUAACUUUUCCUCUUUGUCCAUCUGCCUCGACGUCUGAUUCAGACAGCAAUUGGUGCUUCCCUUUCCAUCAGUGGACCUUCUCCCACCAAAGCCUCUCUCUCCUUUCAUUUAUUAGCAUAAUUUUAAAGUUUUACACACACAAAAAAGGACAAAUAACAUAUAUAUAUAUAUAUGUAUGAGAAAAGAACAAAGUACCAAUAAAACCAUGAACCCCGAACCCUGACAGCCACAACAUGCAAUGAGGACAGAACAAUGCCUUCUCUACUCUAGAGGACAGGAUGGAAAAUGUGAAAAGGAAAGUGGGUCCAAUUUCUUCCAAGGGGAGGAGAAAAAGAAAUGGACGGAAGGCAGAAGGGAAAUAUUCUCCCUUUCCCUUGUGUUUCUGGUAAGGCUGGGGGACCUGGCUGAGAUCAACACUUGCACUGGACCUAAAUUUUGAAAACAGGCAUAUCUCAGAUUGCGAGCAGUGGCCGAUGAUGGAAAAUGCACUAAGGACUUUUCUUGCCCUACCUGGACAGAUAUAUAUUUUUGACGUGCGUGUGUAUAUUUUAUUUUAAAAAAGAAAAACCAAAACCACUAAGAUAUACAACAUCUCGGGGAACAGAACAAAAAACAAACAGAAAAAACCCCCACAAACCGAAGAAGCCAAAUGCAUUCCCCCGCUCCCUUUCCCCUCCUGCUCCUGGUGCUGACUGGAAGGUGUUUGGAUUGUGGGGAAGGAGCAGACGGCAGCCGAAUUGUCUCCACACCCCAGGCCCCUGCCAAGGGGAGCCAUCUUUGCACAUGCUGGUGGAGAAUUCAACUUUCCAGGCUUGGACUCAAUUUUUUUUUAGAAUUCGCUCUGUAUGUGUGCGCGUGUAUAUGUGUGUGUAUAUAUAUAUAUACAUGUGCGUGCGUGUGUGUGUGUGUAUGUGUAUUUAUACAUACAUAUAUAAAUAUAUAUAUCUGUUCUUAAAUGGAUUUCAUUCCCCAGUGGCAGGAAGCUCAGAGGCAUGUGCAGGCAUCAGCUUCACUGGGCUGGCAGCAAAGCACACUGCUACUGCGGUGUGCCUGCGAGGUCCGAUUGGACAGGCAGGGACACCAUUCGAUCUCUCUCUGUCUUGUUGCCCCUCUCUCUGACUCUGCACCAACCACCCAGCAGAGCUUCCUUGCAGGAGGCAAAGUGGCACCACAAGACCAACAACAGCCAAACUUAGAAGCAUGACUUAAUCUCAGUGAGCUGUCCUUGCCUGAUCUGUGGUCCUGAAAGCAGAAUCAUGUCAUUCCUCUGAGGUUUUUAACCCCUUCAUGGGUGUCCUGCGCACCAUGCCUCCACUGCUCUCUCCCUGUCAAUGUCCCCACAUCUCCCAUCAUUUCCUCACAUUUUCCCUCUCAGAUUCCUUCUGGAUUUUUGCCUGUUAGGUAUUCCCAGCCCACCUAGCUUGGAAGCUGGUCCAAGAUGUGGGCAGCUCUGUGUAGAUAUAAAGAAAGAAAUGAGGAUGGUCUUUGCAGUUGGCAGCAGCCAUCUGAGACUGAAAUGAGCUCUUCAGAGUGAGGAGGACUCACAGAACAAUUGGAGAGUCCCUCCUGGGCCACUGCCUGCUCCAGAGGAGGGAGGAGGACUCUGCAGGCCAGGGCUAUUUCUGCACACUUAAUACUCAGUCACCAUCAACAGAAAUGUUACAUAUGAUGGGUAUCUCCAGCCUUACCUCAGAGUCCUGGUCUCAGAUUGUGCCGCGCUGUGCACUGCAGAGUUACACACGAGGAAAAUGCCUGCCCAGAGCUAGCAUGGCAGCCUCUCCUGCCUUCAGCCACUUCUCCCCUCACGCACACGUGCACCCCUAUUGCAGGGCAAAGCCCCAGAGAGAGCCGGGGGAAGGAGGCAAAGCCGCAACCUGGGCGCUGUUAUAAGUUUUGGAGAGGCCCAGCCCUCACCUCCUGCAAGCCCAGAGCACUUAAACCACUGUCGAGGCGGCGCGUUUUUCCCUCCCUCCAUCCCCAACCCCUCAAGUCUUAAGACACUUUGUUUUCCUGUUCCAAAAUCUGUUUCAUUUGGUUUGUAAAGAUGGCGAGGUUUUAUUUUAUUUUAAUUUUUUUGGCUUUUUUUUAAAUGUAAGAUUAAUUUAUACUCAGUACUGUAUUUAAAGUUGUAAAAAAAAAAAAAAAAAAGGAACUACAUCU